GGCAUAGUUCCAUUACUUCGCCCUUUACCAGCUUUGCUCCCUCUUUUGCGUCUUCACUUUUGACCCCUUUGGAAGUUGCCAGCCACAUCCAAGAAACAACGAGGUUCAAGGAAGAUGACGACUAUUCGACGAUUCAGCUGCAACGAUCUUCUCCGCUUCGCCUCCGUCAAUUUCGACCACCUCACCGAAACUUUCAAUAUGUCAUUCUACAUGACCUAUUUGGCAAGAUGGCCCGAUUAUUUCCAUGUCGCUGAAGGUCCAGGAAACAAAGUUAUGGGUUACAUAAUGGGUAAAGUAGAAGGACAAGGCGAGUCGUGGCAUGGUCACGUGACAGCAGUGACUGUGGCCUCAGAAUACCGCAGGCAGCAGUUGGCCAAGAAGCUUAUGAAUCUCUUGGAAGAAAUUAGCGACAAGAUUGAUAAGGCUUAUUUUGUAGAUCUUUUUGUGAGAGCAUCAAAUACACCAGCCAUAAAGAUGUAUGAGAAGCUUGGGUAUGUAAUCUAUAGAAGGGUGCUGCGCUAUUAUUCAGGGGAGGAAGAUGGAUUAGAUAUGAGGAAAGCUUUAUCUCGGGAUGUCGGAAAGAAAUCUAUUAUCCCCCUCAAACGGCCUGUCACUCCUGAUGAAUUGGAGUAUGAUUAAAUCUGCAUUUUGUGGACAAUUGAAGUUGAAGUGAUGGUUUUGGCUCUUGGAACAACAAUGAUGCCCGUGACAUCUUGUCCAUUGUAGAACUUAUGUUUUAUAAAAGAGAAUAGUGCCUUGUAUCUUUCAUUUGUUCAGUAUGAUUGCAUGAAGAAGGGACUACAAAACUUUCGUCUUGGAUUCAUGGACAGCUUGUUGAUUGUUUUCCUGUAUGCUAUGUUUCUGCCUUCAGUAGUAUUAAGAAUGCCAACUCUCCAUCGAGACACCGCAAGGAGCGCCAGGGCAUUUUUCGAUUCC